UCGGUCGCGAGUUCGAUGAAUGUGAAUUGUACGGCCUACAAUGAAAUGAAGUUAUUUUGCAUUUUGCAGAAUGAUAAUAAAUGGAGUAUUUGGAACCUGGAAGUGUUACAUUUUUAUUUUCGUACGGGUUGAAUUAAUUCAUUGUCGUGUUUAAGAAGUGUAAUUCAUUCAGUUAUAACUAAUUGUGAAAUUCAUCUUCAACUAAAUAUGUGUUGAAUUAUCAUCAUGAAAAUAGUGUUCUAUAUCUUCUGUUGUUAAAGUGUCGUGUAGAGAAUUUUGAAAGCAUCGCAGUUUCGUCUCAGAGGGACAAGAAUUGAUUGAAAAAUCAACAUGGAGAGCGUGGAUGUGGAGCCGAAGUCUCCAAAAAAAUCAUGUCCGGCCGAAGUGGAAGCCGAAGAAAGACCAUCAUCGCCAGUUAAUGACUGCGCGAUUUGCCUCGAGCAGUUAACCGAUAAAUCGUUUACGAAUAGCUGUUUCCACAUGUUUUGCUUUCACUGUUUAAAAGCUUGGUCGAAGGUGAAACCCGAAUGUCCUCUAUGUAAACAAGACUUUUGUAGUAUUAUUCAUAAUAUUCGUUCUAUGGAUGAUUAUGACGAAUAUCACGUACCUCCUGCUCCUAUGAGAUUCGCAAGUCCUGACCAGUCCUCUUUGUUCGCGCAGUCGCUGAGUCAAAAUAGUCUCAGUUUACCGUUUCGUGAUCUUCUUCGACAACGUGAUUUCUUUUCUCCUGGUCGUCGAUUUUUUUCGUACAGAACAACCUACAUUCCUGGGCCAUUCAAUGUCCCGAGAGAAAGAACAUCUCGUUUAGUCAUUCAGCCGUAUGUUGAUAAUUUACAAAUUCAAAAUAGUUAUCCAAGUUUUUCAACGUCGUCAUCGCAUACGACAGAUCUUACAAGUAGAAAAAAUGUAUAUUUAAAAGAUCUGGAACUUCGUCCGUCGAACGAUGGAAGGCAUCGCAUAAGCUCGCCAGAGUUUUACAGGGAUAAUGAAGGGCAGUUGCAUCGUUUGGGUAGAUGGGUAAAUCGCGAAUUGGCGGUCAUUUCGCAACUUGGAGUACAUUUCAAUCCGAGCGAAGUGUUUUCUCUGAUCAUGCAUAGGUUACCAAAUUACGAGAUACAAAGUGCCAUGUUCCAUAACUCUCUUUAUCCUCAUCUGGGCCUAUAUACUCGUAAAUUUAUUAAGGAAUUCCAUAAUUUCGCUAUUUCACCUUACGAUAUGGAAGAAUACGAUCGUCUGACAGUGUAUAUUUCUCAAAGAACUGGUUCUUCGUUGGCAUUUAUCGUGACUGUUGGUAGUGAUGAAAGCGAAGAAGUUCAGGUUAUACCUAGUUCAACCAUCAAUCAUUCAACAACGCAGCCAUGGAUCAACCUAACUCGAAUACCCUCGUCGAAUUAUAGCGCAGAGAAUAACUCGAGAUUAUCAUCCACCUCAAAUUGUUCGCAUUUACCAUCCACGGCCGCAUCCAGUUCCGGAGUAUCGACGUCUCCGCAAGUUAUCGAUAUAAGCGAUUCAGAAAACGAUGAUUGUAUCAUCAUUGACGAAGUCAAAAGUACGCUGCAGACGAUUGUUUUAGACGAUUCGGAUACCGAGAAUGCUGACGUAGGUAAUACUCCUAAAUCACCUAUUCCUAGUACGUCCGGUUAUCGACCUCCGCCGAAAACCGAUACUAACGAUAAUAGCUCAUUAUUGCCUUCAACGUCCAAUAAUGAUUCUAAAUUCAGUAUUGCUACUACAAAUUCUGUGAAUUGUUGUACGAAAACGUUCUACGCGAAAUGCCAUUCUAAAAGAAGGAGUCCCAGCAAUGAUUCUGUAAUUUCAACCGAUAAUUCCAUCAUUGACCGCGAAAGUGAUAAAGAUUCAAAAUCGCGGAAGCGAAAAAAUUCCAAACCGAAGAAGGUGGAGCCUCGUCAUACAUCCUUCGAAAGUUAUCUUUCAUCGAGCGAUUCUUCAUUCGAUUGUGACGAUGAUAAUGAUUCGGACUGGCAAGCGAAUCCCAAAAAAAAGAAGAAAACUAGAAAACAUUCGGACAAAAGUGAAAAGAAGACGCGCAAACGCAAGAAAACUCAACACAAGUCACCUAAACGCAAGAAACGUACUGACUCUGAAAGUACCCAUAAAUCAAAACGCAUUUCUAAAUCUCAUAAAUCGAAGAAAAGUUCUAAAAGUACCGUCGAAUCGCAUUCAAAUUCGUCUGCUUUGAAAAGUGCCAGCAACGGCGUUUCAGCUUCGUCCAAGCAUGAGAGUGAUAAUUUUUCACCGAUUCGCCCCAAACUACGGAGCGUUGUUAAGAAAGUCGAAAGAAGUGAUUACGUCGAUGUGAAUGUACCUAGCACUAGUUACGGUAUCCGUUGUAAUGGCACUAACGCUAUGCAAACAUAUAUGAAAAGAGUUAUCUAUUCUUCUGAUUCCGAUUAAGUCGUGCGUUUUUAUUCGCUGUUUUAUUCUUUCAUCCACGUUCGUAUUCUAUUUGGAUUAAAUUAUCAGAUUUCAAUUCGUGUUAUUUAUUCCGUGUAUAAAGUUGGUAAAUGUCACUGUGAUUCUUUUUUCGUUCCACUGUAUACUUAGCAUUCACGCUGUAUUGUCGAAUAAUUGAGCUUAUGUUGUUCAUGGAAGUAGAUUUUUAUUUAUCGACAUUAGUUCGUUGUAAUGUAUGUCGUGUUAAGAUGCGAAUUGUACAUUUUAUUAGGUAAUUUUAUAUCGUACGUUGUUAUAGAACGCUAAUAAUUCUAGUUACUUUAUAAUUUAUUAUUCAAUUUGUACCUACAUAAUAUGUUUUAAACGUUGUUCUCAUCUUGACAAUGUAGCAGGUGGGGUUAUUUAUGUGGCUUGCAAAUUUUGCGAUAUCAUCAUCAAGUUGUAACUGUUGUAAGUAAAUCAGGACAAAAAGA